AACGCGAGAGGGCACGCCACGCGUCGGGUAGUUUUGGGGUUGUUUGGGUCGGGAAAAUCGAUUCGGCAAAAGCAGGACAUUUCGGUGCCUGCAAGAGAAAAAGGGCUUCGUUUGUGCUUGUGUGAGACAGCGAGAGCGAAGGAAAAAAAGAAGCGUGUGAGAGAGCGAGAGAAUAUCAAAUCCACGCGAGUAGUAGCAACCGCUUGCCAACUUCACCAUCUCGUAGUCGAUGCUGUGCGUUCGUUGGCUGUCGUUGACUAGGGACUGCUCUCUUCCACACACCGACUAGACAUUUUCCGAGUAGCAUUUCCAGUCAGUGUGUGCGCUUCGCUGGCUGUUCUCCAAACGUCGGAAAGCGCGAAAAAUUGCGUAAUAUCCAGCUGUGCAGUGCUUGUGCGAAAAGUGUUUGUCGUGUUUCCGAAAAGAGUGGUGCUUCCUCGUUCGCUUCCAGAAUCCGUUUUUCUUCCCAAAACCUGCAGCAUGGGUGCACUGUUUGAGUGAGCAAUAAUCGUACAGCUAAGGGCAAACGCCAUGGAAACGGUUACCAUGGCAUCGAUCUUGCCAAUGUUGCCGGAAGCUGCCUUCGCUUUGGCUGUGUGUGUUGUUGUUUCUGCGUGGAAAACUCUGCCCCACGGGCGGCUGGCACUGUCCGCUGGCCAGUUGUGAUGCGAAGGGCACGUAGUCGGCGUAGUAGUGCAACGUGGUACGUGCAAAAAAGUUUAAAUUAUAACAAAGGCGUACACAACAUCACAGCGUGAGAGGGGGUGUGUGAUUCGGUGUUUUCUGUGUUUAGCUUUUGAGUUCUUUUUUUUUUUGCUUAUUUUGCUCACCCCACGGAGUAAACGCUUCACACCAUCGCCCUGGGGCUGGCCUAGCGGCCAAGCUUGAAAAAAGAAGCCAAGCUUGAAAAAAGAGCGGAGAAAAACAGCAAAAAGAAGCAAACAAUUUAAAAUUUUACAACCGUGUCGACCGUUUGAUGUUUACCGGGCCCCCGAGUCUUUCCAUCGCUCCCGGUGGUAACGCUUCGUAACGCUACUCACUCUCCUCCCAACAAGCAAUGUCGUCGAAACCGGUAACGCCGGUUUCGCAGCGCCGCGCGUAUCCUGGCGAAAAUGAAAACACUCGCAUCCCGCAACCCUUCUGCCGGUCCUUCUCGCUGCGCAUGCGCACCAGCCGAAGCUUCCAUGACUACCAACAUUAUCGGAGCGAGUGCUGCGAUUGCGAUUGUGGUGCCUCGCAGCAGCUGGGCAGCCAUCCAAGCAAUCUAGUCAUGCAAGGAUCGGGAGUGAAGACGAAAAAUACGGCAGCCACAGUAUUGCACGGAGGCAGUAAAUCGAUUUCCCAUGGCCUCCAUCAGCAGCAGCAACGUUCACCAACGAUGGCAACUUCGAAUCCUGCCACAGACGUCGCCGACGAGGUGGAUUCAUUCGCCGUUUCGUCCAGCACCGGAAAGGAUGGCCCCGUACCGAACGGUGUAAUACCGCACGGCGGUCACAGUGAUGGCGGUCACACUCAGCACACCAAUUGCAUCACAUCGUCCGGGCUUUGCAAAUCGAAAGGAACGUGCCAGCAGCUGAAACAGCAGCAACCCAGCAUCAGCUGUCAGCAGAAGCAGCAUGAGCGUGGCAUGUCUUUGAAUUUAGUCAACUCCGGACACAGUAGCAGUAGUAGUCAAAGAACGCCCCGAACUCCACAAACGCCGGGCGGAGGUUCCGGACUGGGUUUGCAGCGCGCCGGCGGCGGCGGUGCAGUCGGCGGUGGCCUCAGUCCCAAGACGCCACCCGUUUCGCCCGAGUCCCCAAUCAACAGCUAUCUGGACGAUGAUCUAGACUCGCUGCACAGCUACAGCUCGGUGGCGAGCGGCAUGUCCUGCGACCAUCCGUACGUCGCGCGCAACGGCACGACCUUCAGUGGCCGCAAGAUGAAGUACGUGGUGCACUGCUCGAGCCACGCGGGACAAACCGGCGGCGACUAUCUGACGCCGACGCAGCGCGCCCAGCGCCAGAUACGCCGGCUGAAGGAGCUGCUCUCGCAGGCGCGGUGCGAUCUGGAGCAGCGCGACAGCGAGAUCCUGCGGCUCACGAAGGAGGUGGUCGAGCUGCGCCUGUUCAAGGCAUCGCUGAGCUCGCCGGAGGAGCGCAGCAACUCGAGCGAUGCGGUAACGGUGCGGGAGAACACCACGAACGAUGUGAACACGCCCAGCUCGAGCCAGGACAUUUCGCCCAUCGUCGACCAGAUCGAUGAGGGGGUGGCGAAGGCGAGCCCACGCCACCACCAUCACCAUAUGCAGGCUGGCAUCCAUCAGGUGCAGUUCAUCGACAAGCUGUCGACGUCCGAGAUGCAGAGCUCGUUCGCAGAUUCGGGACACUUCGAGGACAUUACCACGUCGUCGAUCCACUCGAAGGACUCGUACGUGCACACGCAGGACCGUGCGUGCGGCAGUGACGAGGAGAUGGAUGCGGAGCGGAAGCGGCUCGUUGCCCUGUACGAAGAGCGCAUCGAGGAGCUGAUCAAGCAGCACCAGUCGGAGGAACAGCAGCUGCGCACGUCGAACAACGAUCGGUUUGAGGUGCUGCUCCAGAAGCUGGCCGAGUCCAACACACGCUACUGCGAUCUGGUGCCGGACUAUGAGCAGGCUAAAGAGCGCAUCCGAGAGUUGGAGAAGCAGCUGGAAAAACUGCAAACUCAACUGCAGGAGCAGGAGGAUAAGGCGAACAAGAUGUAUCUGCACAUGUACACCAAGGGCCAGGAGGCGGAGCGGCAGGAACAGGCAGACCGUAUCAGCGAUAUGGCACACGCCUCACCAAGCCGCGUCUCCAUUCCGGAACUGAUGCAGCAGCUCCAGGUCACACAGGAUGAACUGGAAAACAUAAGGGAUACGAACUAUCAGCAAGAAAGUGGCGGUACGCAGGUUUUACUGAGCGCAAAAGAAGCAAUCUCACUCUGGCUUCUCGGUGCCCGUAAGACCAUGUACAAGCGAUUGAUCGAUGCUCAGCAGACGAAAAACAAGGUCGAUCCCGAAGUGACGCUGCAGUUCCUGAAGAGUGCAAUCUACUACUUCCUGACGGAUAAGGAAAAUUCGCAGGGCCACUUGAACGCGAUUGAGAGUAUUCUCGGCUUCUCGGAUGUAGAGCGCUCCAAUAUCGACAAGGCGCGAGCGUACAAGUAAAAUGGUUUAAGAGCACUGCAACGCUUAUAUAUAGAAACAAAAUGGGAGAAAUAGUAAAAGAAUUAGG